UACACCACUACUUAAAUGGAAUAUUUGUUUUGGUUUAAUUGUGGGAACAAUUUGUGCCAAAAGAUUCUCUCGUUUGGAUUGUGAAAGGCCAAAAAAGAUGAUAUCGAAUACCUGCGGUAUCAUUUUGUUGCUCUUUUGCUUAUGUUCUCUGGCAACAUGCAGAACCACUUGGACCAACCAGACGGUGGAGAGACCAGUUCUGGUGGGAGCUUUCAACAUCCAGAAUCUCGGCGUCAGCAAGAUGAGCAACAAGACUGUGAUGGACAUUGUGAAAAAAAUCCUUUUAAGGUAUGAUUUGGUUCUGAUACAAGAAAUAGUUACCACCCAAGAGGAACUAAUGGAAAAUCUUGUAAAAGAUCUAAACAAAUUGCAUCGUCAAAAAGAUUCUAAAUACUUGAUGCAGAUCAGUGAAAGAGUGGGAAGAGGCAAUAUAAAAGAGCAAUAUGCUUAUAUCUACAGGAACGACAAAUUUAAAUUUUUAACAGGUCAUACUUUUCCUGAUCGUAAAGAUGACUUCAUGAGACCCCCGUACAUCGCCCACUUCGCAACACCCACUCUGAGGGACUUGGAUUCAAUGAUCGUCAUCGGAGUCCAUACGCAGCCCAAAAACGCAGCCAAUGAAACGAGUGCUAUGGCCAAAGUAUAUGAUUACGCCGUCAAGACUUUUAAAGUGAAGGACGUCAUGAUGAUGGGCGAUAUGAAUGCAGGAUGCGCCAAUGUGCGGAUAUCGGACUGGGACAACAUCGAUGUUUGGCGAAGGAAGGAAUUCACUUGGCUCAUUACACACGAUUUCGACACCACUCUUUCUAUCAACUGCUGCCCCUAUGACAGAAUCAUAAUUGCUGGAGAAAAUAUGGAAGAUGCUGUUAUUUGGGAAUCUGCCGGAGCUUUUAAAUAUAGAGAUCUUUACGGAAUCUCCACAGAUAUGGCUCUGGCUGUGUCUGAUCAUUGGCCUGUUGAAGUGAAACUCAGAGGAGGCACUUCAGCAAAAGCAAAAGCUAACCUGGAGCCCAGCCUUUGUCUGACAAUCCACGAUGUGCGUGCUCAAAGCGUUCCUGAGCAACUGCGUUCACAGAAAACCACUUUCGGCUACGAGAUCGAAAGUACUGAAGACUAUACGGAACUUUACUCCGAGUCGAAAAAUGGAACUGCACUCCUGGACAGCCUGAAGACACUCCAGUCGAAAUAUCAGCAGCUGAUUUCAAAAGAAGCGGCAGAUGCUAUUGUGUACAAGGUCAAACAUGGUGCAUUGAACGACGCGACAUCGCAUGAUUUUUUGGAGCAUGAAUUAUAUUCAGUUCGAAUUUACUUUGAUGCUUCAGAUAAGACGACAACCGUUCACUAUUGCACUGCAACAACAGUAAACUAGAUAAAGAUAUUUUCAGUUCGUAUUUGCUUUGAAGCUACAGAUGAGCCCACAACCGUUCACUAUUGUGUACGACAACUUUACUAAACUAAAUAAAGAUAUUUUGAAGAAU